GCAUGAAUAUGACGUCACGAAAGUAAGCAAUAGCAUGUCUCAGAGGCAGACUCAAGCAAGAGGUACCGCUGGUUCUUCGAGAUGAACGGUCAAGCCGACGCCGAAGUUGACUACAAACGGAAAUACAAAAACCUCAAACGAAAGUUGAAGUUUCUCGUUUAUGAGCAGGAAUGCUUUCAAGAGGAGCUGAGACGAGCACAGAGGAAACUUCUCAAGGUUUCCAGAGAUAAAAGCUUUCUUUUGGACAGAUUGCUGCAAUAUGAGAGAGUAGAUGAAGACUCUUCAGAUUCAGAUGCGACGGUUUCUUCAGAAAACAGUGAAGGGGAAGCACCCAGGGAGAGGGAACGGGAACGAGAUGGAGCAAAGAAGUUAGUUGGGCGAAAGAACAGUCCUGGAGCAUUCCUUCAUUCAUCUCCCCAUCUCUCCCUGCUGUCCCGUCCUCUGCAGUCAACCGGCUCUGGACCCUACCUCAACACCAUGCCCUUCCCGCCAGAAUAUUUGGCUCCCCCAGCUGAACGAAUGAAGAAAGACAGAAAAACAAAGACGCCUAAAAACAAGAAAGAGACUACGGGGAAGGUUGUCCCAAUGGCAGCUAAUUACCCAUCAGCCCCUGCGGCGCCUCCAACAGCCAGCGGCCACUUCAGUUGGGUUCCCAGACAGAUGCUUAGUGGAGAUGCAGCUGAGGAGGAGGGUGACAGUGAUGGAGACAGCGACAGAGGAGAUGAAGACAGGGGGGAGGGGGAUGAGGCUGAGCUUGUCAUUGAUAUCCCAAAUGAGUGAGCCUGAGUGUGUGUUUAGAUGUAUUUAGGAAAGUGUACAUAUGCAUAUAGGGUGAAAGACAGAAUGUGACUGAAUGUAUUUCUAUAUUGAGCAGGCAAAGCUCCCCCAUGUGGACUUAAGCUUAACUGCAGUAUCAUUGUACAAACAACCUCAUGAGAGGUGUGUUGUUCAAAUAUUAUGAUAAAUUAAUCUGUGACAGAGGCACAAGUGCUGAUUAUAUUUGUCUGUACAGUUUCAAACAACAAAGUGUGAGUACAACUAGGUAUGUGAUUCCUUGAGCGAUUAUGUGGUUUUAUAAUGUUUAACUGCUCUCUCAGACUUGGUGUUGUAGAAUCGCUAUAGUACAAUAAAAUUGUUUAACUGUGAUACAGAUGUUUGGAAUUUUCAAAUGUUAAGUGUUGCAUACUUGUUACAGACAGUUUUGUCACAGGGUUUUCUUGGCUCAGCGUGGGCCUUUGGGGAGUUAGUUUGCACAACAGUAAGAAUGAUUGGUAGAGUGAAGGCAACAGGUCUGUGUUACAUUACUCUGGGGCUGAUGUAUGUCGUCAUAAGUUUUUUUCACCUAUCAAAGUGUGCCGUAUUAAAAUAUUAUAAUUUAAGCCCA